GAAUAAAGUGAUUAAUAAGUGCGUUAAUUUCAGGAAAAAAAGUAAAAAUGGCUCCCAAUGCUCGUUUGUGGAAGAGAGAUGCUGAGGUGGAUUCUGACGCGGCAAAGCUUGCGGAUGUAGCUAGUACAUUAGCUACAAAAAUAUUCGGUCACAAGCAAAAGCACCACACGACUACUACGGAAUCUGAGCUUGAGAUGGAAGAGAACGAAGAUUUCAGCACAGCAUCCCCAACCAAAGGAGACGCGGAAAAGCUUGGAGAUAAGGCAGCUGAGAUGACCGAGGCUCUAGCUCAUGAGAUGGGGAUUCCGACAUGGGGACUCGUGUCCAUCAUUAUCGUCGUAGUACUGAUCAUUUUGGGCAUUUGCGGUUUCUGCAUCCGGCGCUGCUUCCGAAAGAGACGAUCCAAAGAUGGGAAGAAGGGCAUGAAAGGAGUUGAUUUGAAAUCGGUACAAUUAUUAGGUUCAGCAUACAAAGAAAAGGUUCAACCCGAUAUGGAGGAACUUACUGAAAAUGCAGAAGAAGGAGAUGAGGGCGAAAGCAAACAAAGUGAGCAAAAGCUAGGAAAGCUACAGUACAAGUUGGAAUAUGAUUUCAAUUCGAACGCUCUCACCGUCACCGUGAUACAAGCGGAGGAACUUCCUGCUUUAGAUAUGGGAGGUACUUCUGAUCCCUACGUCAAAGUGUAUCUACUCCCGGAUAAAAAGAAAAAAUUUGAAACAAAAGUUCAUCGUAAAACUUUGAAUCCGGUGUUUAACGAAUCGUUUACCUUCAAGAGUCUCCCUUAUGCCGAAGCGAUGAAUAAGACGCUGGUGUUUGCCAUUUUUGACUUCGAUCGUUUCUCUAAGCACGACCAAAUUGGAGAGGUUAAGGUACCACUUUGCCAGAUUGAUUUGGCCCAAACGAUCGAGGAAUGGAGAGAGUUACAGAGCGUUGAGGGUGAAGGAGGGCAGGAAAAUAAGUUGGGAGACAUUUGCUUCUCAUUGCGCUAUGUACCCACUGCAGGUAAAUUAACUGUCGUUAUCUUGGAAGCGAAAAAUCUCAAAAAGAUGGAUGUCGGCGGUUUAUCAGAUCCAUACGUCAAGAUAGCCCUGAUGCAGAACGGAAAGCGUUUGAAAAAGAAAAAGACUAGUAUCAAAAAAUGUACACUAAAUCCCUACUACAAUGAGUCGUUCUCAUUUGAAGUUCCUUUCGAACAAAUACAAAAAGUGAAUCUUGUCGUCACCGUAGUGGAUUAUGAUCGUAUCGGAACAUCGGAACCAAUUGGAAAGGUUGUUCUAGGCUACAACGCUAGCGGCACAGAGCUUCGUCAUUGGUCGGACAUGCUGGCAUCUCCUAGACGCCCAAUUGCGCAGUGGCACACACUUAAAGAUCCAGACGAUGACAAAAAGGAUUAAGAAGCUUCAACAAGCAUUUCAAAUCCAGGGCGAAAUAGUUCGGAUCAAACCCAUCAA